UCAUCCGAAAACCCGAUAUUUCAAGGGGAAAUAAAUUGUGUUUAUCAGUAAACAGCCUGAUUUGUCACUUAAUUUAAAAACUGAACAACCAAAUUCGUAAUUUCUCUCUUUGGAUAAUAUUACAAAUUCGUCCCUAUUCUUUGGUUCAUGAAUUGUUGUUUGUGUUUUUUUUUCAUGUUACAGCUGCCUCAAAUUAAAUCAACGCGUUACACUGGAAACUGAUGCAAAACUGUCUAUAACAUCAUCAUAAUCUAAAGUCUUUGCUAACUUGUGUUCAAUGGAGAGAAUUUACUGAAAGAUCUUUCUCCCGUUGACACAAACGUGGGAAUGGUAGAAAGUAUUCGAAGACAAAUACAUAUUUGAGAUAAAAAUGAAUGAAAAAAAGUCUAAUGAUAUUCUUCAUAAAAGUCGAUAUGGCCGAGAAUCAACUAAAAAAAAAAUAUUUGAAGUGAAUCAAAUUUCAUCCAAUGAUUCAUCUCAAUCUGCAAUCCGUGUAUUACCUAAAAGAAAAAGAUCAAAUAAAUUGCCCCCAUCAGUUUCAAGAUGUAUUCUUAAUUGUAGUUUGCGUAAAGGUACAACAAAUGAACUUAGUAUUGGUGAUAUAGUUUGGGCAAAGACUGGUAAAUACCCUAUAUGGCCUGGAAUUAUAACGAGUGAUCCAGAAACCAAAACUUUUUUUAAAAAAGAAAAAAAAAGUAUUUCUAUGCUUCAUAUAUACUAUUUCAAUGAUGCAUACAAAAGAAAUUGGUUAAGGCUGAAACAAAUUUUCCAUUUCUCUGGAAAAAAUGAUAUAUUAGCUGGAAAUCCUAAAUUAAUGAAACAACUUUCUCGCAGUAAGCUUAAAGUAAAAUGGAGUAGAGCUGUACAAGAAGCAGAAUGUUUGUUAUCUAUAAAGAAAAAUGAGCGUCUUACUGCAUUCUUUGAUACCAAAUUUAUAUCCAGUAAUCAUGAUAUGAAAUCAGAAAACAAUAUUCAGACAGAAAGGUCAUCUACUCAUCCACAAACAUCAUUCACUCCAAAAUAUAUGAAUAUUAUACCUAAGCUCCAGCCAAAGCUAGAAUUAGAAAAUAGUAAUUAUGAUAGUGCCACUUAUCAGGAAAACCUAACAAAUAUUACAGAAAGGUCAUCUACUCAUUCUCAAGCAUCAUUCUCUCCAAAAUGUAAGAAUAUAAUACCUAAGCUCAAGCCAAAGCUAGAAUUAGAAAAUAGUUAUUAUGAUAGUGCAACAUGUCAGGAAAACCUAACAAAAAUUUCGAUUCUUCAAAAAGAUCACCCUAGAAUAUUGAUACCAGAACUAUGUAAAUUAUUCUUUACCAAUGGAUGGGUAACUGGAACUGGUGGUGGUAUCAGUAUCAAGUACAAUAACCAAAUUUUUAUUGCUCCAUCUGGAGUACAAAAAGAAAGAAUGGAACCAGAUGAUAUUUUUGUUCAAGAUAUGAAUGGUGCAGAUAUAGAAGUGCCUCCCUAUGAAAAAAAUUUGUCAAAAAGUCAAUGCACUCCAAUAUUUAUGUGUUCCUAUAUAGAGCGUAAUGCAGGUGCAGUGAUCCAUAUACAUUCACCUGAAUUAGUAAAAUUAUGUUUACUGAAUCCUGAAAAUGAGUUACGGAUUAGUGGCUUAGAAAUGAUUAAGGGAAUUUAUAACGAAGAAAAAGGAAGAUUUUAUGAUAAUGAUGAAGAAGUUAUUAUUCCAAUCAUAGAAAACUCUAAGUACGAAAGAGAUUUAGUUGAUACAUUUCAGUUGGCAUUAAUGAAAUAUCCAAGUACUUCAGCAGUUGUUGUGCGUAAUCAUGGAAUGUAUGUAUGGGGUAGUGAUUGGAAGUCUGCUAAAACACAGUGUGAAUGUUACGAGUAUGUGUUUAAUAUAAUGGUUUUUAAAAAAAUCAAUAACCUUUAAAUAAAUUCCAUUUUCAUAUUAUCA